AUGAACAUGGACAAAACAAAGAUCAUGUUUAAUGUCCAUGUCACACCUAUGCCGGUAGUUGUUGGGAACACUAAGCUCGAAGUUGUUGACGAGUAUGUUUACCUGGUACAAAUAGUCCGACUAGGUAAGUCCAACUUCGACCGAGAGGUCAAUCGACGGAUUCAACUCGGUUGGGCAGCGUUCGGGAAAUUACGGCACAUCUUCUCGUCAGGUAUACCUCAAAACUUGAAAACGAGACUGUACACCCAGUGCGUGUUGCCAGUGAUGACAUACGGAACUGAGACGUGGUCCUUCACUGCUGGCCGGAUGAGGAAGCUCAAGGUCGCUCAGCGAGCUAUGGAGGGGGCUAUGCUCGGAGUUUCUCUGCGUGAUAAACUCAGAAAUGAGGAUAUCCGCAGUAGAACUAGAGUGACCGACAUAGCCCACCGGAUUAGUAAGCUGAAGUGGCAAUGGGCCGGCCAUAUAGCUCGAAGAACCGACAACCGAUGGGGAAGAAAGGUUCUCGAGUGGCAGCCUCGUACCGGCAGGCGAAGUAGUAGAGGGAGGCCUAAGAAAAGGUGGACGGAUUGUGUAAAGUAUUACGGCUUAUAUUAUAGAGGAGAAAGGAAACGGAAUGAAGAGAAAUACUGGCCUGCACCGAUUGACCCGACUGGCCGCCGCGCACGAAAUUUGGUCUAG